AUGAUGUGGCUUUUAUUAGCAGCAACUUUGUCUUUGACAUUUGUUUUCCAUGAAGUGACGGGUCAAAGGUCGACAAAUCAGCAAACAGUUGCAUUCCGGCAAACCUGUAAUGAUGCACCAACGCCAUCUCAUCGUAGUAUAUGUUUAAGUCUACAAAGAAUGGCAAGAAAUUCAAGUCGGAAUCAGCAAAUUUUGACCGUCCAUCCACCGGGCAUUCCGGAACAUCUCAGACCUGGCGUGAUAAUGCCAGGUUCACGUGGACAGGUCGCAAGCCAUCCUUACGAUUGCAUGACUAUUCCUUGUCUGUGUCCAUACCUCAGAGGUGCGAUUGACCCUAAUAAUCAAUGUAUACUUCGAAAUGGUCAAAUUAUGACGAUGGCAUAUCGAAAAGAAUAUCGCAUGCUGACGGAAGAUGAAAGAUUACGAUAUCACAACGCUUUGACCAUUCUAAAACGAAGUGGAGAGUAUGAUCGUAUCGGUUUGGAACACCAAUCAGUUGGGUCAGGAAGCGGUGCGCAUUCAGGACCCGGUUUUCUCCCGUGGCAUCGCGAAUUCAUUAAGAGAUUCGAAAUUGCUCUUCGUUUAAUUGAUCCAUCAGUGUCUAUACCCUACUGGGAUUCAGCAUUGGAUAGUUACCUACCUAAUCCCCGAGAUUCUAUUUUAUUUAGUCCAUAUUUUGUCGGUGAAACAGAUAUGUUUGGAAAUGUUGUUAAUGGUCCAUUUGCAUAUUGGAGUACACUUGAUGGUCGAAACGCUAUACUCAGGAAUCUUGGCCAAGAGGGUCAACUUUUCACGGAAGCAAGCAUAGGUCAAGUAAUGCAACAAAGUGCAAUUGAAAACAUUUUAGCCUAUACUGCGCCUUUUCAAGGUUGUCCUUAUCCCAUCAAUUAUGGUGCUUUAGAGUAUUCACACUCAAAUGUUCAUCUUUGGAUUGGUGGUCAUAUGAAACCAACAGAUCAAUCCACGAAUGACCCAAUAUUUUACGCUCAUCAUGCAUUUGUUGAUUUCAUUUGGGAACUAUGGCGACAAAAUAUGCAGCCAGCAUGGAUUCGUGAACAAGCAUACGCACCUGAUAUAGCACAAUGCGCCGAUCCGCAACACUUUAGUUAUGCUUUAAUGCGACCUUUUUACACACUAACCAAUCGGGACGGCAUGUUUUCGCUUUCAUUUAGUUUGUCCAAUAUGUAUACCGAUCAAAUGUACCGAUAUGCGCCCCGACCAGGCUGUACCGCUCAGCAAGCAACUUGCGGUUCGCCAUAUCUCUUCUGUGACACUCGUGGUUUCCCACACUGUGUUUCCAAGAUCAAGUUUGGUGGAUUGUGUUUUGGUUUUGAAGCCUUUGAUGCUUGCUUUGAUGGAAUUUGCAUUAUGGGACGAUGUGUUAGCGGAGCCACCACAUCAGCGGUAUGUUUUCCCUCACAUUCUUGUUUCAGUUUUCCUCGUGAUCUGCAUCCUGUAGUUGAACUUUGCCAGCCAUUCGUCCCUCAAAUGCAGCUUUCGCAAAAUCAACGACGACAGAUCGAGAAAGCUAGACCUGAAAUGCGACAGUUCGUGAAUUGCUUUAAUCGCCAUCAUUGCUGUGAAAUGUGGGCUAGAAAUGAUGAAUGUCGUCUAAAUGCUAAUUAUAUGAGACAAUAUUGUCAAGCUGCUUGUCAUGUCUGUAAUCCUUCAUAUAAUGCAAGUAAUGAAUGCCCGGAUCGGCAUAUUUCAUGUAGGCAGUGGAGUAUGGAAGGUCAAUGUCGAGGGGAUUCUAAUCAGUUUAUGGCCGAAAAUUGCCGUCAAUCAUGCGGCUUUUGUAAUAGAUCGAAAGAAGCUUCUUGUCCAAGGCCAUCACGGGUCACUUGA